AUGUUAUCGAUUAGAGCUCUAACAGCACAAUAUCAGGGUAAGUUGGGAUUUUAUGUGUUGGGUGUUUCGGAAUCGCGCAGUAACGCAGUUUUAAUGGGAAAUUCUGGCAGUACAAAUAUUCCUGGUGGUGGUACUGAUGGUUAUCAUGUUUUGAGAGUGCAAGACAAUUCACCUGGGCAGGCUGCUGGACUGGAACCAUUUUUCGAUUUUAUUAUUUGCAUUGGAAACACACGGCUGGAUUCAGAUAAUGAUACUUUAAAGGAUAUCUUAAAGCAGCAUGUGGAACGGUCGUUAGAACUGACUGUUUAUAAUAGCAAAACUCAAACAGUUCGCCAGACACAAAUUACACCAUCGCAAAUGUGGGGUGGACAGGGAUUACUCGGUAUUUCAAUUCGGUUCUGCUCAUUUGAAGGAGCGCGCGAAAAUGUUUGGCAUGUUGUGCAAGUCCAGCCUAAUUCACCGGCAGAAAUUGCUGGAUUACAAUCUAACUUGGACUAUAUACUUGGAGCAGAAUCUGUCCUAAAUCAGGCCGAUGAUCUUAUUGCUCAUUUGCAAGCUAACGAGGGGAAACCCAUCAAAUUAUAUGUUUAUAAUACGGCGAGUGAUUCUGUGCGAGAAGUCUCGCUUACUCCCAACUCAGCUUGGGGUGGCGAAGGAUGUUUGGGAUGUGAUAUUGGUUACGGUUAUUUGCAUCGCAUACCGGGUGAUCGACGAGGUCCACUGAAGGGCGAAGAAAUUGCUGCAAUGCUUAAACAACAGUUAAAUGAGACAGAUUUAUCAGAUGCUAUGCCAUUAAUGAAUACUAAUAAUUCGAGCCAUUUAGGACCUCCUGCUACCUCAAAUAGCACUAUCAAUAUCCCUCAACCAGGCAGCACAGGUAUUCCACAAAUUGAUACGAUACAAGCUAUUACAAAAUUCCCUGAUCCAAGUUCAUUUAUGCCACCAAUUCUGAAACAACCGGCAGUAUCUGAUUCAACAGUAGCUAGCACGACGGGAAUAAGUGGUCCUUAUUCAAGUGAAGUAUGUUCUGGAGGAUUUUCAGCGUCUCUGCAGUCCAUCAUGCAGGAACAACCAUUAAUCGCAAGUAGUACCAACAUAAGCGUUACACCACCGCCAUCAGCGGCAUUUCCAACUCUUGAGUUAUCGACGUCUUCUGGAACAACUGAACAACCCUAUUCUGUUCAAAAUAGUGGUGCAAAUUAUUCAAAUACAAGUCAAGAAGUUCAACAGCAACAACAGAAUUUCAUGGGAAAUUCAACUAAUACAGAGCAAUAUGGUGGAAUACCGACAUCCAUGUAUCAGCAGUCAUAUUAUUCAUCACAGCAACAGCAGUACAUGCAUGAUCCGCAGUAUCCACCACAGCUUCCUAUUUAUAAUCCUUCAUCUUCGUCUCCUCAGUCAGCGAUAGCGGGUGUAGUGCCUCAGAUGUUUUCAAAUUUGCCACACCAACAGCAGCAACAGCUAUCAUGCGGAAUCCCACCGUUACCUCCACAGAUGUCUGUAUCUUCCGCAGCUCCAUUUGCAAGUUCUUCACAAUUUUCGGGUCUAGCUUUUCCAAUGCCGCCACUAAGUACUAUGGGUAUUACACAUCUAGCGCCUCCACCAGUCACGAUAUCUUUUGGCUUACCGACGUCGCCUACACCACUGUUUGGACAUCAGCAACAAUCAGAUAUGAGCACUUAUUCGAACCCAUCAUUUAAAUCAGAUUUCCAGAUGGCUGGAAAUAAUCAGUUCGGUUUAACACCACAAGGUAUGAUGUAA